GAGAGCUUCGAGUCGUCAGCUCGCCGGGUUUACUCUCCGCUCGUGACUGUGUGUGUUCGCGGCCAGUAGUGAUACCGUAUCAUAAAUUAAUUUCUUUGUUUAUUUAGUUACUUACUUAUAUAUUUAUACAAUUGUUUAUAUAUAUAUUAUAUAUAUUUAUUUACCGGCAUCUAUUGUGUCAAUAGUAUACCUAAAGUGUCAGUGACACGAGUGAUUAAAAACUAUACAUGUAAUCAAAAAUUCAAAUAAAACAAAAUGAAUAACUGGAUCGAAAAAUCAAAAAUACUCAAUACGGAUAAUUGUCAACGUCGCAUAUUUUCGAACGGAUGUCACAGAAAAAAGGAACAAUGGUUAUAAAAAAUUUCAGUGAUUCAAUUACUGAUGAUACGUAAAAAUUUUUUAAUAUCUACAUUAUCACUUCUAAAAAAUUGCUGAUCAUAGCAAUUGAUUAAUACUAAAUAUCAAUAUAAAUUUUUAAACAAGUGCUCACUCUGCUCUUUACAACCGUGUACAUAUUAUUAAAUAAAAAAAAAAAUUUGAAUUUGUUUGAAAUUCAUAAAGUUGUUCAAGCGCUGGUUCUUGGAUUUUAAUUGGCACUAAAAAUAUUUGUUUUCAUGCGACUUAUUAGUGAGCUGUGUUUAACACGAUUGUUUAUUAAUGAGUGAUUUGUGUUUUUAAUAAACGGGAUAAAUGUACUCGAGAUAUUUUACUGGAUAAAUAUAAUAUUUGAGAGUGUGUUGUGUUUUUAAGUGGUGAUAGUUAAGUGGGGUUUGUUUUAUUUUUUUUUGUUUGUUGUUUAUUUUUUUUUUAAUUAAUGUGUACUCAGCAAAGCGAGGUGUUUUUAAUGAUUCGGGAAUUUAAUUUAAUAGAAUCUACUUGUGCAGCUAAAUGAAAAACCUUAUUUAUCGCGAUCGGUUAAAUAAUUUGUAUAAAAAUUUAUUAUUUGAUAUUUAGUAAAUUAAUUUUAAACGUGAUAUAUAUUAGCUUAAUUAAUGAAAUUUAGUGUGUGUAUUAUUGAGUGAUUUAUUUGUUUAAACAAUAAUCGAGAGCUAGAAAGAUUGAUGAGCUAGUAACCAUGGUCAAAGAGUAAUUAGUGAGCUGAGCUCAACUCGUCGCUUAAAUAUCCGGAACGUGUUCAAGUGGAAACGGAAGUAAUUAGGCGAUGAAAUUAACUUUCAGAUGGCAAGGAGGCAUUGGGUGAACAGGGGUAGUAGUGCCAGUGGUGAUAGUGGCGGCGAUAGUAGUUAUAGCAGUAGGAUAGGGUGGAUGGGUAAUUUUCGACACGUAGAGAUGUAGAAUAAUCAUCAAGGUGCCAAUCGAACUCUAGAAUGAGAAGCGAAACUUUACGGUUUAAGUUUGCUUCAGGACGGGUUCAUUGCUAUUCGGUAAUUAUCGAUUAUCGCGCUAAUAAAAUCCGGUGUUUGUCAUUGAGGAUUUGGUGAAGUUUAUGAAAAAUUAUAAUUUAAGUAUCUGAUGAUUCGAACGAGAUACAAAAUGGGAUUUUUUGUUAUUAUUAUUUUCUUAAUCGCAACGCCUAUUGUCUCAUCGCUGUCAGUUAAGACGAAAUUAAAUCCACGGUUAGUGCAAUUGCGUAAUGGAAAGAUUCAAGGCUUGAUUCAGUCCUUCGAGAACAAGCCGCUCAAACCAGUGGAUGUUUAUUUGGGAAUACCCUACGCCACACCACCAAUUGGGGGCGACAGAUUCUCACCGACUAAAGCUCCUAGCCCUUGGGACGGAGUUAGACUCGCUCAUUCAAUUGGUCCAGUUUGUCCUCAAAGACUUCCCGAUAUUAGCAACGAGGCGGCGGCGUUGGAACGAAUGCCACGAGGUCGUCUUGAGUAUUUAAAAAGACUUCUACCUCAUCUUCAAAACCAGAGCGAAGACUGUCUCUACUUAAAUAUCUACGCUCCUGCCAUGGGAAUGUCAGACAGCGGCAAGAGGCAUCCGGUACUUUUAUAUAUCCACGGCGAGAGCUAUGACUGGGGAAGCGGAAAUCCAUACGACGGCAGUGUCCUUGCUAGCUACACUGACCAAGUUGUCGUAACGAUCAACUACCGGCUCGGCGUACUGGGCUUUCUUAACGCCAACAUUUCGCCUCAUACAAAAGCACGGGUGGCAAAUUACGGUCUCAUGGAUCAGCUGGCUGCGCUUCACUGGGUACAAGAGAACAUUGCCCUCUUUGGCGGUGAUCCCGGUAACGUAACACUCAUGGGUCACGGCACUGGUGCUGCGUGUGUCAAUUUUCUCGCCAUCAGUCCCACUGUCAUUUCCGGUCUUUUUAAGAGAGCCAUUUUACUGUCAGGCAGCGCCUUGUCGUCCUGGGCAGUUGUAGAAGAUCCGGUAACGUACGCCGUAAAACUAGCUAAAGCAGUAAACUGUUCUGUACCAUCAGAUCUUCUGAAGGAGCACGAGCUGAUCGUGGAUUGUCUACGUGAAGCUCAACUCAAGGAUCUCAUGUCAGCGGACAUACAAGCGCCGACUUUUCUCAGUGCAUUCGGACCCAGUGUCGACGGGGUCGUCAUAAAACCAGAUUUUCACAAGGAUCUUCUUUCCUAUCUCGGUCCAGAGUUCCAAGGAUCCGGACAACUUCCAAAGAGAAAUGAUCCUGGAACGCCAAUCACCAGUAACAACAAGUAUGAUCUAUUGUUCGGCGUAACAACAAGCGAGGCAUUGUGGAGAUUCGCUGAAAAAGACGUGCAAGCCGGUUUUGAGGGCGAAAGACGGGACAGAAUAAUACGCACUUACGUAAGAAAUGCCUACACGUAUCACCUCACGGAAAUAUUUUAUACAAUAGUGAACGAGUAUACUGAGUGGGAACGAACAAUGCAGCAUCCAUCAAACACGAGAGACGGAUGCGUACGUGCAUUGAGUGACGCACAAUUCGUAGCACCACUUGUACAAACUGGUGAUCUUUUUACACUUCGUCACACACGCCAACCAAAUAAUCCUCACAUUACGCCAAUUCCUGACAGCGAAAAAGAACCAAUGCCGAAAACAUAUUUCUAUGUAUUCGAUUUUCAAACCAAGGACGGCGAUUAUCCAGAGAAAAUGGGAACCGUCCAUGGAGAAGAACUGCCUUAUGUAUUUGGAGCGCCGCUUGUAGAUGGGUUUGGAUAUUUUCGAAGAUCUAAUUACACUAAAUCCGAUAUGACUAUGUCUGAAAGUCUUAUUCAAGCGUUCGCUAAUUUCGUCAAGUCUGGAAAUCCGAACGCCUAUGACCAUCAUAGAAAUGAUGCGCAAAUGAUUAUCACGAAAGACAAAAAUAAAUUUCGUUCAAUAAACUGGGAACAGUAUGAUCCGGUCCAUCAAAAAUAUUUAGAAAUCACAAAAAAACCUUCAAUGAAAAACCACUACCGUGCUCAUCAGUUAUCUGUGUGGUUAAGACUUGUACCGGAAUUACACAGAGCCGGAAUGGAAGACGUUGAGCCGAGACACAAUCUUUUUCGUGGUCACGGUGAUCCUAAUCUGUAUGAUGGCUCAGUACGUCCUGAUCCUCUCAGCAGAAUUGGCGAAGAAUAUAGACGUAGAAAUAUAACAACAGAAAUACCAACAACCACUGAUUACAGUAUCACGACUUGUGUCAGUCUUAUCCAGAGCACAAAUCUUCAGAAUGUUCAUAAUACUAGCUCAGAUACUCUAGCAUCAUUGGACGCUGCUGGAUAUGCAGCUUACUCGACAGCUUUAAGUGUAACAAUAGCAAUAGGUUGCAGUCUAUUGAUUUUAAACGUCCUAAUAUUCGCUGGAGUGUAUUAUCAACGUGACAAAACACGAUUAGAAGUUAAGAGUAUGCAACAACAACAAAUGAUGAACCAGCAAUGUGGCCCAAGGGGAUUUACAGAACUAAAACAACCGCCGUUGCCGCAUUCGCACUUUGGAGAAGGCGGUCAAGUUGUUGUUGAUGUCGAAAAUGAAAUGUUAAGGCGAAACGUAACAAAAGUAUCGAAUGACUCUGGACUUAUGCAACAAGCACAAAGUACCCACACACUGCCACAUCAUCAUCAUCAUCAUUAUCAGAAACAACCGCACCCAGGUCACGCUACAUUACCGCGAUCGUCAGUUAUCCAUGAUAUGGGAUUACCACGUGGUGUAGACAGUCUCAAUUGUCCACCAAAUGGUUCUAUUCAUCUGACAGUACCGCGAGCACCACCGCCACCGAGAACAAAAAGUCCACCCGAAAACCAGCCACUGUUGCAGAGUGGGCAAGUCUUAAAUCGUACAACCCAAGGGAGCAUGACUGAGAUGAGAGUGUGAUGUAUGGACUCCCCUCCGAGGCCAGUCGUACCGGAUGUGCUGACGGCGUCGACCUUACUAUAGAGAGAAACUCGUCAAACUCCAGCCUGAAUGUCGUCAAGGGAUCCAGUGACUCGAUUUUUAAAAAAUUUGAAUUCAUGAAUAAAUAUAUAUAUAUAUGUAUAGAUGUAUACAUAUAUAUAUCCAACAUACAUAUACAUGUUUGUGUGUAUGCUGAUUUAAGAUUCAUAUGUUAAUAUAAUAUAUAAAAAAAUAUAUAUAUUAAAAAUAAAUAAAAAGAAACGAAAAAUACCAACUGAGAAUGUCACGGUAAUUCCUACGCAACGCUCAUUCCGGUACGAUAAUUAGACAUCGGAGGGGGGGUGUAAGCCAUUAAUUAAUUAAAUAAGUCCUAAGCGAGAUAUAUUAGUAUUUCGUAUGUUGUGUUAAAUAAUAUGGUGUUUUUAAUUAACGUUAAAAGUAUUCAUUUUUAAAAUUAUAUCACUGCAAAAAUAAUAAUUCAUCUGAACGUGAAUCGAAUACUUAUAUAUGAUUAAUAUAUAUAUAAAUAUAUAAAUAAUUAUAAAUAUUUAAAUUUAAAAAUGAACAUUAGACUGACUUUUUUCAAAUAUAUAAAUAUGAAGUGAAUAUAAAUAUAAAUAUAAAUUUAUGGUAUACAUAUUGUAUUAUUAUUAUUAUUUAUAAAAUGUUUAUUUUAAUUUUAAUGAAAAUUAUUUAUCAGAUAAAUUAAUUGUAUCAUUUUAUGAAAAAUCGAUACUUUAACUUUGGUUACUAUUUAAUUGGACGUUUUGUGAAUUUAAAAUAAAUGUUAUUUUAAAUUAAUCA